AUGAAGGAUAUUCUGAAUAUUUCAAUAAGACACACACACACUUUCAUAAUUUCUAGGUGGUCGAAUGGUCCUGAUAAUUGUCGACAAACAUUAUUACAUCGAGCAGUUGAUGAAAACAAUGAAAGUGUUGCCUGUUUUCUUAUACGAAGUGGCUGUGAUAUUAAUUCCCCUCGUCAAGUUGGUUUCAAUGGUGAAACACCUGAUAUAUGUAAAACACUUGAAAGUCCAUUACAUCUUGCUUGUCAAUGGGGUCUCGAACGAGUUGUUUCAACAUUAAUUGAACAUCAUGCAGAUAUUAAUAAAAAAGAUGCAGAAGGAAAUACACCACUUCAUGUUGCAAUUAUUAAUCAACAUAUAAAUAUUAUUAAUUUACUUAUUCGUGCACCAAAUUUAGAUCUUUCAAUACGUAAUAAACAAAAUCAAACAUCAUUUGCUUGUUCAAUUGUUUCAAAAAAUAAUGAAGCAGCUAAUCUUAUUUUAAAACGAGAACCCAAUGCAGCUGAACAAAUUGAUAAUAAAGGACGAAAUUUUCUUCAUAUAGCUGUACAAAAUGGUGAUAUUGAAAGUGUUUUAUUUUUAUUAACUGUUCAUGUUAAUGUUAAUAAUCGAGUACAAGAUACAAAUCAAUUAACACCACUUCAUCUAUGCGUACAAACAGGAAAUGAAAUUAUUCUAAGAAAUUUAUUACUUGCUGGAGCUAAUAUUAACAAUGUAACAGCAAAUCGUCGAUCUGCUUUACAUAUUGCAUCGGAAAAUAAUCGAGGUUUUAUUUGUAGUAUUCUUAUUGAAAAUCAUAUUCAAGCAAAUUUACUUGAUUCAAAUCAAAAUACUGCACUUCAUCUGGCUGUUCAACAUGGUCAUUCUGAUGUUGUACGUCGUCUAUUAUCCGAAUCAGAUAUAGAUGUAUUUACACUUAAUAACAAAGGAAUGAAUUGUCUUCAUGUCUUAGCACAUUAUAGUAUGGAAAAUGCACAUUUAAUAUUUGCUGCUUUAUUAGAAUUUUAUCCCAAAUUUCCUCUUGAUAUCCAAGAUGGACAAGGGAAUUCUGCUCUUCUAUCAGCUUAUAAAAAUGGUCAUGGACAAUUAUGUCGUGCACUUGUAACAGCUGGUGCUAAUUUAAGUAUUUGUAAUAAUGAUCUAUUAUCAAUAUUUACUAUGCCAGUAGCAAGUAAAGCUUUAUUAGUUAAUAUUCUUGAUAUUAUUCCACAUGAACCGCCAUGGGGUGAAGGUGAAACAUGUUUAGAAUGUGGAGUAAAAUUUACUAUAACAAAUCGAAGACAUCAUUGUCGACAUUGUGGUCGAGUUUUAUGUAAACGUUGUUCUAUGAAUGAAUUGCCAAUAAUAAAAUUUAAUUUACCAAAACCAGUAAGAGUAUGUCAAUUAUGCAAUGAUGUAUUAACAUUUGGUGUUAUGGCUGCUCGUUAA